AUGAGAGAGCUAGUCAACAUUCCACUCGUACACAUCCUUGCCCUGGCUGCCUUUAGCCUGGCCGAGAAACUUCCAAAAGCUCCUAUCAUCACCACUCCUCUUGAAACAGUAGAUGCAUUAGUUGAAGAAGUAGCCACCUUCAUGUGUGCAGUAGAGUCUUAUCCUCAGCCUGAGAUUGCCUGGACUCGUAAUAAAAUUCUCAUUAAACUCUUUGAUACUCGCUAUAGUAUUCGAGAGAAUGGACAGCUUCUAACCAUUCUGAGUGUGGAAGACAGUGAUGAUGGUGUAUACUGCUGUACUGCCAACAAUGGUGUAGGAGUCGCUGCUGAGAGUUGUGGAGCCUUGCAAGUGAAAAUGAAGCCUAAAAUAACACGUCCUCCUAUCAAUGUAAAAAUAAUAGAGGGAUUAAAGGCAGUCUUGCCAUGUACUACAAUGGGCAAUCCCAAGCCUUCAGUAUCAUGGAUCAAAGGAGACACCAUACUCAGGGAAAAUGCCCGAAUUGCGAUUCUUGAAUCUGGGAGUUUAAGGAUUCACAAUGUUCAAAGAGAAGAUGCAGGGCAUUACAGAUGUGUGGCCAAAAAUAGCCUCGGGACAGCAUAUUCCAAGCUAGUCAUGCUGGAAGUAGAAGUGUUUGCCAGAAUUCUGCGGGCUCCCGAAUCCCACAAUGUCACCUUUGGCUCCAUAGUGACCCUACGCUGUACUGCAACAGGCAUUCCAGUUCCUACUAUCACAUGGCUUGAAAAUGGAAAUGCUGUGUCUGCUGGGUCCAUUCUAGAAAGUGUGAAAGACCGAGUGAUUGAUUCCCAGCUGCAGCUGUUGAUCACCAAGCCAGGCCUGUUCACUUGCAUAGCCACUAACAAGCAUGCGGAGAAAUUCAGCACCGUGAAGGCAGCAGCCACCAUCAGCAUAUCAGCAUGGAGUAAACUGCACCAAGAAGAUCCAGGUUACUGCAGUACCUAUAGAGGUGAGGUUUGUGGGGCUGUCUUGGCAAAGGAUGCCCUUGUUUUCUACAACUCCACCUAUGGGGACCCAGAGGACACCCAAGAGUUUCUCGUCCAAACCAUCUGGAGUGACUUGAAGGAGCUGAGUUCACUCUGUCGGCCAGCUAUGGAGACUCUGCUCUGUAACCACAUCUUCCAGGGCUGCAACCCUGCUGGAUUUAUGCCAGCUCCUAAACCUUUAUGCCGAGAGCACUGCCUGGCUGUAAAGGAUCUAUUCUGCACAAAGGAAUGGUUGACACUGGAAGAAAAAUCCCACAGAGGCCUGUACAAAUCUGGACUGCAUCUGCUGACUUUGCCUGAAUGCACCAAGCUUCCCAGCAUGCACAGGGAGCCCAUGGCUUGUAUAAAAGUGCCACAUUUAGAUUUAAAAAGAAAUAACACAACAACAACUUGCUAUCAGGACAGGGGAAGAUUGUACCAAGGUACCAUCAAUGUCACAAUAUCAGGCAUUCCUUGUCAGAAAUGGAGUGAACAGGCCCCCCAAGUACACAGAAGGACACCUCAGAUGUUCCCUGAGCUAUCAAAUGCAGAGAAUUAUUGCCGAAAUCCAGGAGGAGAAAGGGAACGGCCCUGGUGCUUCACUAAGGACCGAGCUGUAAGAUGGGAAUACUGUGCAGUACCUCCCUGCACCAGUGUCUCCCCACUGGUAACCGUCAAACCCAGUGCAGACAUUCCAGAACGACCUUCCUCAUCUGCAUUUUCACCUACCUACUCUAUGACGGUCAUCAUCUCCAUCAUCUCCAGCUUUGCAGUGAUUGGCUUUCUCACCGUGACUGCUCUCCUUUGCUGCCGCCGAAGGCGAAGACAGUGGAAAAAUAAGAAGAGGGAAUCUGCAACCCCCACACUCACAACUCUCCCUUCUGAGCUCUUGCUGGACAGACUUCAUCCCAACCCUAUGUACCAGCGCAUGCCACUCCUUCUGAACCCCAAACUCCUCAGCCUGGAGUAUCCACGAAACAAUAUUGAAUAUGUGAGAGAUAUUGGAGAAGGAGCAUUUGGAAGGGUCUUUCAAGCAAGAGCUCCAGGCCUACGACCUUAUGAGCCUUUUACCAUGGUGGCAGUGAAAAUGCUGAAAGAAGAAGCCUCAGCAGACAUGCAGGCAGACUUCCAGAGGGAGGCGGCCCUCAUGGCAGAAUUUGACCAUCCAAACAUCGUUAGGCUCCUAGGAGUGUGUGCUGUUGGUAAGCCGAUGUGCUUGCUGUUCGAAUAUAUGGCCUAUGGGGACCUCAAUGAGUACCUCCGAAACAUGUCGCCUCGGACAGUGUGCAACCUCAGCCACAGUAACUUGGCUACCAGGGUCCGACUGUCCAGCCCAGGACCUCCUCCCCUAUGUUGUGCUGAGCAGCUCUGCAUUGCUAGGCAGGUAGCAGCUGGCAUGGCUUACCUCUCAGAGCGCAAGUUUGUCCACCGGGACUUAGCCACCAGGAACUGUCUGGUGGGUAAUAAUAUGGUGGUGAAGAUUGCUGACUUUGGCCUCUCCAGGAACAUCUACUCAGCAGACUACUACAAAGCCAAUGAAAACGAUGCCAUCCCCAUCCGCUGGAUGCCCCCAGAGUCCAUUUUUUAUAAUCGUUACACAACAGAGUCUGACGUCUGGGCCUAUGGGGUGGUCCUUUGGGAGAUAUUCUCCUAUGGCCUGCAGCCCUACUAUGGGAUGGCACACGAGGAGGUGAUUUUCUAUGUAAGGGAUGGCAACAUCCUCUCCUGCCCCGAGAACUGCCCUCUAGAGCUUUACAACCUGAUGCGUCUCUGUUGGAGCAAGCUGCCUGCAGACAGGCCCAGCUUCACCAGUAUUCACCGCAUUCUACAACGAAUGUGUGAGAGGGCAGAGGCAGCAGUGGGUGUCUGAGAUGAUCUGAAGUCAAACAAGACACUGCAUACCCCCGUUGUGUCCCCUAUCAGUUGGGGGCACCCAAAAUCAGAAGCUUGCCAAGGCCAAGGGUAGGGCAGAGUUAUGGCAGACAUGAGAAAAAUGGUUCCUUGAGGCUUUGGGGAGA